AUGUUUGCAGAGCACCUCGCCAAGGUCGUGGUGUCAGCCAAAGAAGCCAAUGAUGUAUUUGAGGAAUUCCAUGACAGCCACAUUGGUGGACAUUUUGGAAGAGAAAAAACACAUCAGGCUAUAAUUCUAAGAUAUUAUUGGCCUGGCAUGGAGGAGGAUAUCCGCAAGUGGGUUCUUCAGUGUCCCCAGUGCCAGUCAAAGAGGGCCUUUAUCAAGGAGAAGGUCGAGUACACUCCUAUAGAGAUCAACUAUAACCUUUGUGAGAGGCUUGGCAUCAAAAGAAGCCUGUGCUCGCCAUACCACCCACAAACCAAUGGGCUGGUAGAAAAAUUAAAUGGCACAAUACAAAGGUCCCUGAACAAACUGGUGGCAGGUCAGCCGAAAGUAUGGGACCAACUCCUUCAAGGGACGAUGUUUGCUCUAAGGACUAAGCCUCAGUUGACUACAAAAUUCAGUCCGUACUAUCUCAUGUUUGGGAGGGAGGCGAGGUACCCGUCAGAGGUGGCCGAGAAGUACGAAAUAACAGAAGACAAAGUCCGUAGCUUGGUGGAAAAAGAGGAACUGUUCGAGGGACUGAAAAGACAGGAGGCAGUUUUCAAAGAGGUGGACACCAACAUCAAAAAAAGCCAAGAGAAGGUCCGCAAAAGGAAACUCGAGCAUGGGCAAGUCGACCAUUUUCAAGUGGGGGAUUUAGUUCUAAAAAGGAACAAACGUUUAGAACAACGAAAAGGGGGAAAGCUGGAGCCAGACAUGUUGGGACCAUACAGGAUUGUCACAAUUGAGGGAAAAAUAGCGGACAUUGGGGCAGACAAGGGUGGAAAGACAAUGCAAAUAAACAUUGACCAUCUGUCGCAUUAUGUCACACCAGAGGAGAGGAUCCCUGCGAAAAUAAAAAAAGGGUUGGAUCCUUCUCGUCUGGCUGGUCCACUGACCUCCACAUCCACACCCACACCCACCUCCACCUCCACCUCCACACCCACACCCACAUCCACACCCACACCCACAUCCACCUCCACAUCCACAACCACCUCCACAACCACCUCCACCUCCACAUCCACCAAGAGCAUGGCUCCGUCUGAUGAAGAGACUUUAAUCCGAGACAUAUGGGCAGGGAGGAGGAAGGAGACGCUGUGGGCCAAGUAUGGCCCAUACAAGGUCUACAGUGAAGAUCUUUUGGUCUUGGCCCCGGGAAAGGAGUUGGAGGGAGAAAUUGUGAAUGCCUAUCUGUCGUGGAUUGGGGCCAAAGCUGGGGUAUUCAUUUUUGAUUCGUAUUUGAUGACUUCCCUCUGGCAAGGAACCCACAAGGGAGGGUUAAGAAAGUUGGACUUGUCAAAACAUGAGGUGGCAGCCGGAGCUGUCUGUGACGGGGCACACUGGACCCUCAUUAUCAUGUAUCUGAACGAGAACCGGUCACUGUUCUUGGACCCAUUCGGGGCCAAGGAAAAGCAGUUAAGCCGAUGCAAAGAUUUAUCAAGAUCGCUGGUCCGGAAAAAAAGACCUUCGGUUGGGAGAUGGGCCUGCUCAACCCUCACUCACCCUAUCCAGCAGGAUUCCACUUCAUGUGGUGUGUUCAUUUGCAAGCUUGCAGAGCAAAUACUGCUCAAAGAAAAGGUCCAGUACCCAGUGGACCUGGAAGGAGUGGCCUCAAUGAGGUUCCAGAUGGCAAUGGCUCUUGUGAAAAACUCAGAUGACCUAUCCCAGCUGUGUCGGGCCUGUGGGGAACGUAACUCAGGGCCUAAGGUUGACCAAUGGGUAAGAAGUUGUAUUAAUUUCCAGACCAACAUUUGUCUGGAAGACUGGGAUACACCCUGGAUUGGUUACCUCUACAUCACUGGGUGAACACUCACUAUAACAGGUAUUGAAAAUGUUUACGUUAAUUCACCAAACUUGCAUGCCUUUGCACUAUGGGAGGACACUGGAGCAGUUGAAGAAACUUCUGAGCACGGACUCUAAACAGAAAGGAUAACAGCUAAGAUCCCAACCUAUACAUUGCUUGUUUAAUUAAAUGUAAACAACUUUAUUACUGCUUACUCUGGAUGAGUGAUGUUAACCUUAAAAAAAAGGUUUGUCAAUAUUCUAACAUGUGUUUUUUCUGUUUCUUUUAAGAUUGAGUGCACUGGGUGCACUCUGUGGUACCACAUGAUAUGUGUUCGGGAGCCAUCUGUAAACUACGAUUAUUUUUGCAAAGCCUGCACAUUUUAGACACACACACACACACACACACACACACACAUCGUUUUUUA